GGUACCUAUUAGCCUCCGGCGAGGUAAUCGGCUCAAAAUCGAAUAUACUGACAAAUACACUACUGAGAGAAGUUCCAUGAUGUAAAUUAAUAUUAAUUAUUUCUAGAAGUGGAUUUAUAUUCAUUAGUAAUGUAAAAUUUCUAAGAAAAUAUACCAUACUUACUCCGUGGCUAAUCAAGGGUAGACUUGGCAUAAAUUUCAAUCACGACUUAUCGUGCUCUCCCGGGAUUCUAGUUCGGCAUUAAUAGUCGUCGCGAUUCAAGCAUGUCUAGCUACCCGCCUGAGGUCACACCUAGCGAGGGCGAAGGGUUGAUAGAAGUUAUCAAGGAUUGGGCAUUAGCACAUGGCUUGACUGUCCGGCCACCUCCGGCCGUGCUCCCUGUUGAGGCCGAUCCCGUUGGAAUCCUUGCUACUGCAGUCCCCGUUACUCUAUUCCCUAGCCCCUUUCCUCGAAUCUGCUUCGAUCAAGCAAUCGGAGUACAGAAGGCCUACAAUGAGUUGUAUGCAUCGAUCAGUCAAGACGAAGACUUUCUCGCUCAAGUUGUAAAAGAAAUUGGAGAUAGCGACGAUUUCAUAACAGAACUAUGGAAAGUACAUCUCAAGGUCAAAGAGGAGGGCUAUGUCCAGCACAAAAGCCUUGGCCUAUUCAGAUCUGAUUAUAUGGUUCAUCAAGACGGUACCGGAUCUAUUCCACAAGUCAAACAAGUUGAGUUCAAUACGAUCGCGUCAUCGUUCGGCGGGCUCUCAUCGCAAACCUCACUACUUCACAAAUACCUAUCUUUGACGGAGUAUCCAUUACUUGAGAACUCCAUAAAAAGGAACGGUUUAAUAUUACCUGAAAAUGACAGCGCUGCUGGAUUAGCAGCAGGUAUAAAACACACCUUCGUCGAGUAUGGACCCUCGAUGACUGGCCACGAAAAAUGCGUUAUAUUCCUCGUCCAAGGUGGGGAAAGGAAUAUCUUCGACCAACGCCAUCUCGAAUACGAACUCCAAAAAUCCGAAGAGCCGCAAAUUCCCGUCUUCCGACUACCCUUCUCAGAGAUCCUACAACACACAACUGUUACUAAGGACUCGGGACGCCAAUUGCUAUAUCGACCACCGCAACUAGCUUCCCACACGUUUGAGGUCGCCGUUAUAUAUAUGCGAUCGGGUUACGGUCCAUCAGACUACCCCGACCAAUCUGCUUGGGAAGCCCGCUAUCAUCUGGAGAGAUCAGCAGCCAUAAAGUGUCCGACCGUACUAACCCAAGUUGCCGGUACGAAGAAGGUCCAGCAAGUUCUAGCGACGCCGGAGACACCAUCCAACCCAUCUAUACUACCCCACUACAUAUCUAAAGACUCUGCAUCUAUAUCUAAUCUAAUGAACACAUUUACCAACAUUUACCCUUUGGAUGAAACUGAAGCUGGUCUCAAGGCUCGAAAGAUCGCCGCUGACCCUGAGCUCUGCAAAGGUUACGUCCUGAAACCACAAAGAGAAGGGGGCGGCAAUAAUAUUUAUCGCUCCUCUAUUCCGCCAUUUCUCAAGUCCGUUGCCGAGUCACACUGGCCAUCCUAUAUCUUGAUGGAGUUGAUCACUCCACCACCCGUCAAGAAUACAAUUUUGCGCAAUGGUAAGCUGGAGCACGGCGGUGUAAUCUGCGAGCUCGGAAUAUAUGGGACGUGCAUCUGGGACCAACAAUCGAAGACCAUACUUCAUAAUGAGCAGGCGGGCUAUCUGCUACGUACAAAGGGAGACAAGAGUGAAGAGGGUGGUGUUGCUGCCGGGUUUGGAUGUAUGGACAGCUGUAGCUUGGUUUGAUAUGGACGUGCAUUUAGAAGGGGAUAACCGUGUUGGAUGCAUGAGGUUUGGGUGUCUAAUUCGACA